AUGGCAGCCAUCCCUUCCAGCAGUUCACUGGAAGCCACUCACAACUACUGCUGGUGCUGCCUGGGCUCCACAUCCAGCAACAGCUCCUGUGGAAGUGCAAAGUACCCUGGGGAGGCCAUCCGCCACCACACUGGUCUCCCCAAGGCUACCCCAGGUCACUGGUGGCCCAGCUUCUUCUUUAAAAAGUCCACUCUUCCAAUCAUGGCCACUGUGUUGUAG